AUGUGCCUAUUUGUGCCUUCGUCAUCGCUUGCUUUGAUUUUUACUGGCUCCCCAGCCAACCUUGAUCCAUCCCUUCUGAAUCUCGACUCGCCUGCUCCUAAUAUUUCCAACGUGUCGACACACUCCCUGUCUCCCUUCGCCUUGGCCCUCGACUUCUCGUCUCGCGAGUCCAUAUCCAAGGCCCAGGGGAUUAAGGCUAACCAGCUGUCUCUAUGUGAACAGCGAUUGUUAGAUAGGUAUUCCGAAUACCUUGCUACCAUUCUUUACGACCGCGCAAGGUCAACCGUCGACACUGCGGUUAUCGCCGGCACUUUCACCUAA